AUGAUUCCUAUUCAGUCCCGUCUACAGGAGAUGUCGCUCCCCAAGGCGGCAGCUCCUAUCGCCAGCACAGAUCCAGCACAACCUACAUUUGCCUGGAGUGGCAGCGCCUCUUCUUCCAUGUCAAGCCCCUUCGCCCCUCCACCAACUCCCAGCGACUCCCUCCUCGACAUCAACCCCCGCAAGUCCUCUUUCUCAAGUGAAAUGGGUGCAGCCUAUGCCUUCCCCUCCUGGCCCAACCGUCCCUCUCUUUCAAGCCACGACUCUACAGAUUCAUGUGCCAGUGCUUUCCUCUCUGAUGACGACCUCCUAUGGAUGCCAGAGAACUCCGGCGCUGAGAAAGAAGUGGAGGAAGCCAUUAACCAAGACGCCGAUGCCAUCUGCUCAGUGACCAUGGAACAGCAACUUCAACGCAUGCGCAUCAUCGCCGAAGAACAAGAUCGGGCCAAUUUCCUCGCCAAGGUUGAAGCCCACGCCCGAGCAACCCAAGCCCUCCGUUCAGCCAAGCAGACGAUUGUGACAGAGCGAGAGACAUCGAAGCGCAAGAAGCGCCGUGUCGUUCCUACUCCCAAACGACGUGCUCACUCGGCAUCCAAGGUGCACAGUCAAUAA